UCUUCCUUUCCUUUCCAACUUGUUCAUUCUUCUAUAUCCCAUUCAUUCAUUCCUCUACAGUUAAGUUAAUUCUCCACAACCACUCAACUCAACUCAACUCAAACUCAUUCCUCCACCACCACCACUUUCAUUUGAGUUGGGUGGGACUCCUCAAAACACAACCACACAUCACAAAUUCACAACCAACAACACAUAGAGAAAAGAGAAGGAAGAAGAAAACCAAGUUUAAUUCCCUCCACACUUGGCCAAGUUCACUUUUCUAUUUUCUUUACUUUCUGGGACUGUGAAAUCCUUGUGUCUGACUCAAGUGGGUCAUGCUUUGUGGCCCCUACACUCCCACUUGCUGCCAGUCUCUCUCUGUCUGCUGUCUUACCCUCUGCUUCUGCUUAGCUGUGUUGUGUUCUAACUCUAAACUCUCUUGUCUCUUCCAAUUUCUUCCUCUGCUUCCACCCUUUUACAGAACACAAGGAUCUAUUGUAUUGUUUCUCCAUAUGGGUGCCAACUGAAACUCAUGUUGGUUUCCCUGUUUCCUCUGUUGGUGUUGUAGGAUCAUGUAAUAUUAAAUCUUGUGUUUGUUUUUCUAGGGGAACAGGAAGCCACUCCAUUUCAAUUCAAGCACCCGAAUCGCCUUGUUUGGGAGACAGGUUUCUUUUGAUUUGAUUGUUUUGGUUUCCGGGACUAGGAGCUGUUUGCCUAAGAGGGGUUCUUUCAAUAGUAAUUUCUCUAGCUACUAGUGGCUAAUACCAUUUCUCUGAGACUGAGAUUGAUGCUUGGUCCAAAAACACAAUGGAGAGGUUUUUUUCAUUCCUUUAACAUUCAGCACUCUUCUAGCUCAGUGAAAAGCUAUGAAGAACAUUCUUAAGAAGUUUCAUAUCAUGUCUAGUAAUCAAUCAGAGGAUGCAAGAGGAGGGUCUACUCCAUCAAAGAGCAACAAGUCCACUGAUGGUUCAUCUUCAUCCCCUAAGAAGCUUUCCAACUGGUUGCAUUCAGUUUCUAACAGGCAGUGUCCGAGCCCUCCAUCUCCAAGCCCCGCCAGAGCAGAAAGAGUAGAGCCAUCUGAUUUGGUGAGCAGUGCUGGGGGUUUAGAUGUUGCUUCUGAUUCUGUCAAGUGUGAUUCGGGGUCUAGCACUUCGAGGGAUCCUGAAGUGGAAGAAGAAUAUCAGAUACAAUUGGCUUUGCAGCUGAGUGCUAAGGAGGAUCCAGAGGCUGUGCAGAUUGAAGCUGUUAAGCAGAUCAGUUUGGGAUCUAGUGACACUGAUAAUCCACCAGCAGAAGUUGUGGCAUACCGGUACUGGAAUUACAAUGCUCUUGGUUAUGAUGACAAGAUCUCAGAUGGUUUCUAUGAUCUGUAUGGGAUCUUAACCGAGUCAACCUCUACAAGAAUGCCUUCUCUUGUAGAUCUGCAAGGUACACCAACCUCAGAUGGUGUCACAUGGGAAGCAGUCUUGGUCAACAGGGUUGCUGAUUCCAAUUUGAUGAAACUUGAGCUAAAAGCUCAGGAGCUAGCAGCCAAGUCAAGAAAACAUUCUGAAGUAGUUGUAGAUAGUAAUUUGGUGCACAAUCUUGCAGUAUUAGUGGCUGAGUAUAUGGGUGGAUCAGUUGAAGAUCCUGAAAGCAUGUCAAGAGCAUGGCGUAGUCUUAGCUACAGUCUAAAAGCGACCCUCGGUAGCAUGGUUUUGCCACUUGGUUCACUGACCAUUGGAUUGGCUCGACAUCGCGCAUUGUUAUUUAAGGUGUUAGCUGAUAGUUUGGGCAUCCCAUGUCGGUUGGUUAAAGGACUGCAAUAUACAGGUUUGGUCGAUGUGGCGAUGAAUUUUGUCAAGAUCGAUGAUGGAAGGGAGUACAUUGUUGAUCUCAUGGCAGCUCCUGGAACACUUAUUCCAUCCGAUUCAACAGGUUCACAUGCCGAGUAUGACGAAUCACCUUUUGUAGCCACUCCAUCAAGAGACCUUGAUUCAUCUCAUAUAGCAUCAUUCAGCAGUGGAGCUGGAAGUUCAUCUGAAGAAACUUCAUCCUUUGGGAUUCUUGAAGGAAACAGGUCAAAACAUUCUGCUGAUUCAGGGAAAGAAUCUUCUGUAAGCAUGCCAGCUACUGACAAGGAAGAACCAAAGAAACCUUUGAAUGAGUUCAAAAAUAUCCCUAAUGUAGAGAAGACCACAGCUAGGGAAUCUCUUAGCAGACCUAAUAAUUAUCCAUAUACGCAUGGAAGAUCUCCUUCAUGGACUGAAGGGAUCAGUUCCCCUGCAGUACAUAGAAUGAAAGUCAAAGAUGUUUCCCAAUACAUGAUUGAUGCUGCAAAGGAGAACCCAAACUUAGCUCAAAAACUUCAUGAUGUUUUACUUUCAAGUGGUAUUGUUGCUCCUCGAAACUUAUUUUCUGAAAUUUAUCAUGAGCAGUUAGGUUCCCCAACUGAGGCCAAAUUUCCAACUGAAGAAAAAGAUGAAUAUAAACAGGAAAAUGUACAGCAAAAGGCUAAUUUUGAUGAUAAUCUAGGUCCUGCUAAAUUUUUGCCUCCAUUGCAUCCCAAUAGAGUUCAUUCCAAAGCAAAUCCUAGGAGUCAGCUGGAGCAUUCUAAGCCUAUCGAAGGUUUAGGAAUAGGUCUUCCUCUUCAAACAAGGGAAUCUCCUGGACAGCAUGCGUCGUCUCAGGCUGAAGCAACUGAGGUCAAGUACGGGAAAAAUGUCCCAGUUGCUGCUGCAGCAGCUGCUGCCGCUGCUGUUGUUGCAUCUUCAAUGGUAGUUGCUGUGGCAAAGUCAGGCAGCGACUCAAAUUUUGAGAUUCCUGUAGCAGCAGCUGCUACUGCUACUGCUGCAGCUGUGGUAGCAACCACUGCUGCUGUCAAUAAACAGUGUGAGCAGGGUAGUCGAAGUGAUGGAGAUACAGAAGGUUCAGGUUGUGAGCCAAAGGGUAGUGGUGAUGGAGAAGGGGAGAGAAAAUCUGAUAGAUCAGUUGGUAAUGAUAGCUCAAAAUCUGAUUCUGCGCUAGAUGAUGUUGCUGAGUAUGACAUUCCCUGGGAGGAAAUCACAGUGGGUGAGCGUAUCGGACUAGGAUCAUAUGGAGAAGUGUAUCGUGGUGAAUGGCAUGGAACUGAAGUAGCUGUAAAGAGGUUUCUAGAUCAAGGUAUCUCUGGUGAAGCCCUCGAAGAAAUAAAAAAAGAGGUCCAAAUAAUGAGAAGACUGAGGCAUCCAAAUGUUGUUCUCUUCAUGGGAGCUGUAACUCGACCGCCAAAUCUUUCAAUCGUAACUGAAUUUCUUCCAAGAGGGAGUUUGUAUAGAUUAAUUCACCGACCUAACAAUCAAUUAGAUGAGCGAAGGCGGUUGAGGAUGGCCCUGGAUGCUGCUAGAGGAAUGAACUAUUUACACAACUGCACUCCUGUGAUAGUACAUCGUGAUUUGAAGUCCCCAAAUCUUCUCGUUGACAAAAACUGGGUUGUAAAGGUAUGUGAUUUUGGAUUAUCACGGAUGAAACAUAGUACAUUCCUUUCUUCCAGAUCAACUGCAGGAACAGCUGAGUGGAUGGCUCCAGAAGUGUUGCGAAAUGAACUUUCAGAUGAAAAGUGUGAUGUUUAUAGCUAUGGGGUCAUAUUAUGGGAACUGUGUACUUUGAAGCAACCCUGGGGAGGAAUGAAUCCGAUGCAAGUUGUCGGUGCUGUGGGUUUUCAACAUCGCCGUCUUGACAUUCCAGAUGAUCUGGACCCUGCCGUUGCAAACAUUAUCAGACAAUGUUGGCAUACAGAUCCAAAGUUGAGACCUUCUUUUGCUGAGAUCAUGGCUGCGCUGAAGCCAUUGCAGAAGCCAAUUACAGGUUCUCAAGUGCAUAGACCAAGUGCUCAGUUAUCAAGAGUUGCUGAAGACCCUGCAGGAUAGGAGACAAUUAUACAGCUAAAGGAUCCUUUUCAUUUUACUGCUGAAAAAGUGGGGGGAAGUUGUAGAGUAUUUGUCAUUUGGAAUUAAAAAAAAGUGAUUGGUCUAAGAUCAUAAGCUAACCUACAUUCUUAUUCUAAGUUUUCCCUCCAUUUCUCUUCUGUAAUAUACAAUGCAGCCACUGUUAGGUUGUACCAUUCUGUUGUACAAAAUUCUUUGACAAAUGUUGUAAUCAGCAUUUAAAUUUUGAUUUCCUAAAAUAGUAAUGAAAAGUUGCAGCUGUAAGUGAAAA